AUGCAUGAAAAACUGCCCAAAGAAGCACUUGAACUACUCAAACUCCUUUUGGACAAAGUAGAUUGUCGUGACGACUGGAUGAAUGGAGUAAUACAUGAUGCUGUCAGACACGAUAACAUUGAAUUUUUAAGCUUGAUUAUUUGUACUUAUUCAGAGUUCAUGAAUUGCAAAGCAAAGGGAGAUACAAAUACAUCUGGCUUAAUAUUUUCCAAUGCUAUUUUGAAACGUCAGAAGGAUAUCUUCAAACUGCUAAACGGUGUACGUCCAUCAUUUGAGAAACAAAUACUUAACUAUAAAGAUGAUGAAGGAAACAAUAUCUUGCAUUUGGCUGGAAAGUUGAGUCCACCUGAACAGCUUGAUGCUAUUUGUGGAGUAGCUCUGCAGCUACAGCAAGAGUUGAUGUGGUUUGAGGAAGUGAGUAACAUCGUGGAUCCAUCGAAAGCUCAUGAAAAAAAUAAAAUGGGAGAAACUCCAAAAGCUUUAUUUGAUAAGGAGCACGAGCAAUUGAAGGAAAGAGGGGAGCAAUGGAUGAAGGAUACUGCAAAUUCAUGCAUGAUUGUGGCAACACUUAUUGCCACCGUGGUUUUCGCUGCAGUUUUCACAGUACCAGGUGGCACCAAUGAAGAGUCGGGAAUGCCUCUUUUUGCCAAUAACCUUUUUUUCAGAAUUUUUGUCCUUGCAGAUGCAAUAUCUCUGGUAUUAUCCGUUUACUCCCUACUAAUAUUCUUAGCGAUUCACACUUCUCGAUAUGCGAAAAAAGAUUUUCUUUUGGAGUUGCCAAAAAAAUUAGUGCUUGGACUCUUGACACUUCUGCUAUCAAUAGCAGCAAUGAUGGUAGUUUUUUGCACAACUAUUUUCAUUGUCUUCAAAGUUGAAAAAAUUUGGGUUCGUAUUCUACUGUGUGUGAGUGCUGCUUUACCAGUCAUCCACUUCGCCAAGAUAAAGUGGCGACUCCUGUUUGAUGUAGCGCGCUCAACCUAUAAAAUAGGUUCUAUUUUGGAUGACAAAAGGGAAAAAAAGGAAGCCUAGUAAGUUUAUGAAGGUAAUUAGUUUUUAAGUUUCUGUUGGGACAUGCUCAGUGUUGGAAAUGUAUGGGUUGGGAAAGCAUGGAUGUUUGUUAAAAAAAUUAUAUAUAUUAAUAAAAGUUAUUACUGUGAUCAAGGGGAAAUUAUUUGAAGGCAUGCUUUUAAGUUCCUGCUAUAACAUGUUAUUUCAUCCUGUAGAAGACCAUGAAGUAUCAGUUAACUUGUAUCAGUUCCUGUUAUAAAAUCUCAGAUUGUCAGCAAUAUUCCAAGUUUCAGCUUUGUGAAAUUAAUUAAUGGAAAGACCAUUAAUUCGA